AUGGCGCGUCGCCUGGCGCUGCUGACGCUGCUGGCGUGCGCGGCGGCCGUCCGCCGCCCGCCGAGACACUCCGCAGACAUCUCCGACUCCGAAUCCCUCGACCCCUUUUCAGUGUGGGACGAAUACGAAGACUCGUACGAAACCACCCCUGUGCCGCGAACGCGCACCACCACACUUAGUGCUAAAGUGUUGCUAAAGGGGAAAAUCCCCAAAGUGAACGUGACUAUGAAAAACACUAAAGGUGAAGAAAAAAAAGUAAUCAAAACCACUAAUAUUAAUAUAGAAAGUCAUACUAAUUUUAUAGUUACUAAACCACCGCAACUGAAGCCUGAUUCAGCAACAGGCCUACCGGUUCUUCAAAUAGGAGACCAGUAUGUGUUGGUGGAAUCUCCUGACUUGCAACAAGUGCCUCGGACGACCACAAGACGUCCGUCGACCACUCGCCGACCUGGUCGACGACCCAGCACUACUCGACGACCACCAACCACGCCAAGGCGACCUACUACACGUCCCAUGAGGCGCACGCCGAAGACAACAAAAUCACCUCAGUCUAAAAAAACAACUUGUCCUCCUAAAAAUUCAGGAUGGUUGUCAUCGUUUUUUGAAGAAAACAAAUUAAAAAAGGUGCCCGAGAGACCAGGAAAAGCAGAAAAAUCUGCAAAGAAGUCGCUCAAGAAGACCUACAAAGGAUUUCAGCUUUUAAGAACAUAUCCCGACGUUCAGUGGAAGGUGCACGAAAUGCUGGACUUGCAGGAAGAAGCCCAGGGUUCUGGACUCAUGUGGUGGACACCACCUUCACUUAAUGGCUCGACAGACUUGCUUGUUCCACCUGAUUUGCUCUCCGAUGUGAAAGAUCAUCUAAAAUCAAACAAAAUCGACUAUGAUAUUAUAAUUUGGGAUUUACAGAAAGCGAUUACCUACGAAAAUCCUCGGCUCUCUAAGAAACAAAGACUUGAGUUAGAGCAAUUGCGUGGACAUCCGAUGACUUGGCGACGAUAUCAUCGUUACGCAGACAUCCUCCGGUACUUGGAAUAUUUACAGCACUCGCAUUCAGACUUAGUGGAGCUCAUACCACUUGGUCGAUCGUCAGAGGGAUUACCAUUAGUUGCAGUGAAGGUUUCAUUAUCUGUCAACGAUACUGUGAUAAAAGGAAAAGAGAAAAAGAAGUGGAAAUUGCGUUCGCGUAUGAAACCUGCGGUGUGGGUGGACGGGGGCGCUCAUGCGCGAGAGUGGAUAGCGCCAGCCGUCGCUACAUGGAUGAUACACGCGCUCGUCGAAGGAGAGAAAGAUCUAGGAGCCGAGUACGACUUACUCAAACAAGCUGACUUCUACAUAAUGCCGGUGUUGAACCCGGAUGGUUACGAGCACUCACACACUCACGACCGGCUCUGGAGGAAAACACGUUCACGACAACCCGACCACUCCGAUGACUACUAUGACCCGAGCGUACGGCGUGUAGCGUUCCGCGCGUGCCUCAAAAAGCCAAUAGACCACCACAGACGGGGCCCUAAAGGGCUGAUGUUCAGCCGGGGUUGCGGGGUAAGCGCAAUGAGGCACCGCGACCUCGGAGCAGAAGGAACAAGGGGGUUUCCGUGGAACUGGGGUCAAACAGAGUGCGUGGGCGUCGAUGCAGACCGCAACUGGGACUACCAUUGGAGCGAAAAAGACUCAUCUCUCGAUCCGUGCUCAGAAAACUACGCCGGACCACAUCCCUUCAGCGAACCUGAGACCCGAGCCGUUUCAGAGUUUUUAUCCGAACAUAGAGGACAAAUAAAGUUGUACCUGUCGCUGCACGCGUACUCACAAGCCUGGUUGGUGCCCAGCUCGCACUCUCGCGAGUCAUUCUCGGACGAUGGUGUCCUCACCGAGAUGGGUAAAUUGGCAACCGUUGCACUUGCAGACUUAUAUGGAACCAAAUAUCAAGUCGGCACUGCAGCUGAAAUACGACAGCCUGCUUCUGGAAUGUCGCAUGAUUGGGCUAAAGCUCGAGCUGGAAUCAAAUUUUCGUAUCACGUGGACUUGCGGGAUUCCUUCGGACCUUACGGUUUCUUGCUGCCAGGCUCCCAAAUAGUAUCCACAGCCCGCGAGACCUGGCAAGCUGUCAAAGCAAUCGUCGACAACCUAUCUGUAGCUUAG